AAUUAAUUUGAUAUUUUUUUAAAUAAAAAUUAAACGAACCGGAGCGAUGUACAACGGCAGUUGACCCGUGGAAUCCUAUAAAAUGGUUCCAAGCUGAGUGAGUUUCUACCAAAGUCAUCAAUGGCAGAACCCAAUAACAAGGAGCUGCCGGAAGUCAUUGUCCUCGGCAUCCCAUGGUUUCUAAAAUUCUACGGCCAACAAUUCUCCCAAAAUUUCAAACUCCUAAAGCCAUGGGAAUCAUCACUUCCAUUGGAACAAUUCAUAACUACACAUGCUCAAUCCGUAAAGGCCAUGCUUUGCUCCGGCGGGACACGUGUCAAUCCGUCGUUCCUCAGCCAGUUCCCUUCUCUUCGCGUGAUUGUUACCACCAGCGCUGGCCUUAACCAUAUGGAUCUAAGCGAGUGUCGACGUUUAGGAAUCUCCGUUGCUAAUGCGGGUACUAUUUUCUCAGAGGAUGUUGCUGAUUGUGCUGUUGGAUUGUUGAUUGAUGUGUUAAGGAAGAUUACUGCUGCGGAUGGGUUUGUUAGGAAUGGACUUUGGCCUAUGAAUGUGGUCUACCCGCUCAGUUCCAAGGUGGGAGGCAGGAAAGUUGGACUUGUUGGGCUAGGUAGCAUAGGCCUAAAAGUUGCAAAAAGGCUUGAAGCAUUUGGCUGCAUUAUAUCAUACCAGUCGAGGAAGAAAAAGCCUGUUCCCUACCCUUUCUAUCCUGAUGUUCAUCAACUAGCAACCAAAUGUGAUGUCCUCGUCAUUUGUUGUGCAUUGACAGACCAAACUCGUCACCUGAUCAACAAGGAGGUUCUACUGGCACUCGGAAAAGAAGGAAUUAUCAUUAAUAUUGCACGAGGACCCAUAAUCAAUGAGAUGGAGCUGGUUCAAUGUUUGAUGCAGGGAGAGAUUGCAGGUGCUGGCUUGGAUGUUUUCGAGAAUGAACCUAAUGUUCCUGAAGAGCUCCUUUCAUUGGAUAAUGUUGUGCUGUCACCGCAUGUUGCUUAUUUAACUGAGGAGUCUUUUCAAGAUUUAUAUGAACUCAUGUCAGGGAAUUUGGAAGCUUUCUUCUUCAACAAACCUUUGCUUUCUCCAGUUUUGGAUGACUGAGAUACUCUUUUCGACUGAGAGAUCUAUAUAUUGUGUUAUGAUCUUUCAUAUUUAUCACCAUCUCAUUCUGCAGAAGUCGAGUACGGAUAUAUGCAUUUUGUCUCGCUCGACCAAAAAUUUCCUUAACCAUUCAAUGGAUCAAUUAAGCCUUUAUUCCGAGUCAGGAUUUCUUCCAA